AACACUUUCAUCUCGAUAUAAUAUACAUAAUGCUUAUUAGCUGAGUUUAAUUUAUAGACAAAGUAAUUAGAGAGUUCAUUUAAAUUAUGUUUAAAAUAGUUUGGAAUUUUGUGUGCCUGCUAACGACGGUAUAUUGUAUUGGCGUUGAUGUGGAGACUCACAAUCCACUUGGUUCAGUACAAUUUCCAGAUGAUCCGGACCCAGUAGAUUCAUAUAUUAAUUGUCAAAGGUGCCAAGGUGGUCCAUUAACGCACUGUGGACAAGUGAUUGGAAGAGGAGUAGAAGAAGGAUUCGUGUGUAAAACCAAUCUUUGUUAUGAAGCCUAUAUUGGUUACCAAAAUGGAGCGAUGCCUAUCGUCCAAAGAAGAUGUUGGCAACCUAAUGAAAACGAAACAGCACCUGACUAUUGCACAUGGUUUGAGACAUCAGAGCAGAAAAAGAAAACAAAUGCCAUUAUGAUUGCUUGCAAGCAUUGUACCGAGGACUUGUGUAAUUUGGAUAAGGAGUUCUGGCUGGACCCAAGAUAUAUUAAGUACCCAAAUUAUGAUCAUGAUAAACACCACCAUCUUAACCACUAUCACAUCAAUUAUGAUCAUGAGAGAUAUGACGAUAUUAACUAUUAUCACACAAAAUAUGAUCACGAUAGGCAUGACGACUAUAACCAUUAUCUCACACAUUAUGAUAAUGUUAAACAUGACUAUCAUAGAUUUCCGUAUUACACGCAUCAGGAAUAUAAUCGUUAUUAAAAUCCAACAAUAAAAUGUAAUUACAUAUUAACUUCAUAGGAUUGUAAUAUAAUUGUAUAUUGUGCAACAAGUGCAGAAAGGUACUAAUUUCUCACGAGUUUGAAAAGUCUCACACGAGUGAGAAAUUACCUUUCUGCACACGUGUUACACACUAUACUUUUUCUACAACCACAGUUUUUGCUAAAAAUAAAAAUCACAAUUUUCAAACGAAGAUUAAUUAUUAUAAUAAAUUAUAAAUUUUAAACUGUAUUUAAUUAAUACUAAUCAAUUUAAAUUCCUUAUACCUAAACAAAUUACACAGAAAUCAGUUAAAAAAUUAAUGAACUGCCUUAAUUUGUUUGAAUUAAAACUAUUUUAAAUAAUUAUUAUAAAGUAAUGUCACAUUUGACGUUAUAUUUAUGAAGACACUGAUUUCCACUAUACCUACUUCAUUCGACGUAUCUUGCUGAGGUUGCUAAAUCCUUAUUGGUUAAUUGACAAUUAUAAAAUGUUUAUUAAGAAUAAAAUUGUGAAAUGAAACAGUUGUAACAUUAAUAAUUUAAUUUCUAUACGAUAAUUAAGUAUAAUAACUGUCUUACAGGUUAUAAUAUGUUUGUCUACACUUUAACCACAGAUGUAAACAAAAGAUAUAAAGUUACUCAGAAUGAGGUAGCCAGUUGUAGAAUACUAAAUUCAGGGCCGGUUGUUCGAACGCUAAUCAAAACUGAUCAUUAUCAAAUAUUUAAUUACAAUUAUAUUUGAUUAAGGAUUUUGAGGUUAUGUUGACUGAUUUAUUUUAUUAUUUUGAUUUUAAUUUAAAAUAAAACAUAAUUAAACUCUUUCUGAAGUUAAUUUCUUGUUUUUACUUACAAAUCAAUAAUAAUAAUAAGCAAUUUUUAAUAAUUUAAAAGCUGCGGCUAUAUUUUAAUUACUGUUUUACUUACAAUCAACAACUGAUUAGUGUUUUACAUGUAUUUUUCAUGUCGCGAUUUGAUUUCCAACAAGAAAAUUGAUUACAAUAAAUUAUUGAUUAUAAUCAACUUCUUGAUUAGCGUUCGAACAACCGGCCCUUAAAGUUCAAAAAUAAUCUGUUAAAUUAGCGAAUUUUCCAGAUUUCUCGGAUAUGAGAUGUACUUAAACCGGUUCUUUUUUGAAAAGUACUAUCAAAUCUAAUAUCUCAAAUAAAAAAAUUUAAUCAAAACAAGUUACAAUUAUAUUUUUUGUGGAAUGUAAUGGUACUGUGCAGAAAAGAACUUUUUCUAUGGAUGCUAUACAAUAUGCAACUUCUCUCACAACUUACAUACAUUCAAAACGAACAAUUCCUCAUGCAGUGAGAAAUAUUUUUUCUCACGGGUUCUCCUACGGUGUUCCAUACUAUGAGCGUCGUUUCCAUGGUAACAUGCACAAUACAAACAUAUAGUCCGUCCGCUAUAACUUUUCCCAUGCGGUACGAUUCAUUUUCAAUCAAAUUAAGUCAAGACAGAAAGUGAAACGUACGCAGAUGUCUGUAGUCUAUAGUAUACAAAAUGUAUAUACACAUCUACGUUCGUUUCAAUUUAUGUUUUGACUUAAAUUGAUUGAAAAUGAAUCGUACCGCAUGGGAAAAGUUAUAGCGGAUGGACUAUAAUUAAUGUUGUCAAAUAUAUGUGUUAAAAACAAAACCUAACAGGAAUUACCUGUCAAAACUGCUCAAAAAUAACUGUUAAUUAUAAAACACGCUGUAUUUUCCUGUCACCGUGUCACAAAGAAAAUUGCCCAGCGCAAGUACAUGUAAUAAUAAUUAUUACAUGUACUUGCGCUGUCCAAUUUUUCGUAUGACACGGUGACAGGAAAAUACAGCCUGUUUUAUAUGUUCGUUCAUGGGUAUUCUUUCAUUUUUCCUACUGUAUAUGUAUUUUAUUUUGAUUAAUGCAUAUAAUAUACUAGUCCAUUCUUUCACGGUUUUUGCUCUAAAUUUUAAAGAACAGCUUGGAUUGACCUGAAAUUUGGCAUACGUAUAGCUUACAUGUCAAAGAAAAAAAGUGAUAUUGUGCCGAUGUGUGCUUUUGCCCUGGGGGUGACUUUCACCCCUCUUGGGGGUGAAAAAAUAUAUGUUCAAAAUAAGUCCGCAAAUGGGUAAACUGACUAAUUUUAAGUAACUUUUGUUCUAUAGAGCUUUUUCGCCAAGUCAACACUUUUCGAGUUAUUUGCGAGUGAAUAUGUUCAUUUUUCAACAAAAUAACCACAUUUUUAGACGGUUUUUUGCAAAUAACUCAAAAAGUAAGUAUUUUGUCGAAAAAAAAACGUUCUUAGCAAAAAUAUAGCACAUAAAAAAGUAAAAAAAAUGGUGUUCGCGUUAGGUCUCUGGAUCUCGUAGAACCAGAGUUAUAGCCAAUGAAAAAUAGAUUCACAUUCACCAAAUUUCAAAUAGAAUAUUUCGACGUGAAAUAUCCAAAAAAUUAAGCACUUUUUGGGUAAAAUCCAUUAUAAUUUUUUUAAAGUGUUUUAAAAAAGCUUUAUUUCUGUUUUUACAAAAAGUUUCUAGCAUUAAAUUUAAGCAAGUUACGCUCAAAAGAAAGUUGGUCCCUUUUGUUUUUGCAAAAAAAAAAUCGGCAAGACCACCCCCUAAUUAGCAACUUAAAUGAAAUUAAUCGUUACCGCUCCACAAAUUAUUUUACUUAUGUUGUGUUUAUAUGAUCUGUAAGUUUCAUCGAUUCAAAGUGCUUAUUUUUGAAAAAAUUUGGUUUCAAAGUAAAAUUUUUAAAAAUUUAAAUUUUGAAAAAUAUGCUUUUUUUCAAAAUAACUCAAAAAUUUUUAGAGAUACCAAAAAUCUCGAAAAACAAAAAAGUCAGAUUUGCUUUUCUGAAUAUCAUGUGUUUUUUUGUUUUUCUGUUGGACAAAAAUUGAUUAAGAUUUGGUGUUUCUAAAUUUGCAUACAUUCGUGAUCAGUGACUCGUUCAACCCCUUUUAACUACAGCCCUUUCAAUAAUAAGGACUUUGAACCGAUGAAACUUACAGAUCAUAUAAACAAUAUAUCCACGAGUCAAGAAACUUGUGAAGUCGUAACGAUUAAGUUCAUUUAAGAUACUAAUUAGGGGGUGAUUUUCUCGAUUUUUUUACCAAAACCAAAAGGGACUAACUUUAUUUUGAGUUUAACUUGUUUAAUUUUGAUGCUAGAAAUUUUUUUUAUAAAACAAAAAUGAAGCUUUUUUAAACAUUUUAAAUAAGUUGUAAUGAGCUUUCCCCGAAAUGUGCUUCAUUUUUGGUUAUUUCACGUUAAAGUGUUCCAUUUCGAAUUUGACGAAUAUGAACCUAUUUUUCAUUAGCUAUAUUUCUGCUAGGUGUAGAGACGUGAUAUAUACACCAUUUUUUAAAAUUUUUUACAGGCUAAGAAUGUUUUUUCGACAAAAUUCUUACUAUUUGAGUUAUUUACGAAAAACCGUCUAAAACCGUGGUUAUUUUGUUGAAAAACAAAUAGAACAAAAGUUACUUAAAAUUAGUCAGUUUAUCCAUUUCCUAACUUUUUUUGGACGAAUAUUUUUUCACCCCCAAAAGGGGGUGAAAACCACCCCCAGGGCAAAAGCACAUAUCGGCACAAUAACACUUUUUUUCUUUGGCUUGUUAGCUAUGUGUAUGUCAAAUUUCAUGUCAAUCCAAGCGGUUCUUUAAAAUUUAGAGGUUUUGCAAUAUUUUACCGUUAAAGAACGGACAUACCUAAAAGCAACUAAAUUAUUUAAUUUUGAAGUUUGAACUUCUGACAAAACCGCAUCCAUAGAAAAAGUACAGUGUACAACACACGAGAAAAUUACAUAUUUCUCCCUCGCUUGAUUUGCGGCCCUCGCCUCGUGCCUCGGCUCGUGCCAACAAUCUUCUGCGCUCCUGAGAAAUAUGUCUUUUUUCUCACUUGUACAAUAUACUAUUCCGGCACAGAAACGUCACUUUUCUGCAUACUAAUGUCAUAUACCAUAAACUGUGAGAAAAUGUCAAGUUUCUUAACAAAAAACUCUGCAGAAAAGUGCAUUUUGAAUAGUGGUUGUAGAAAAAAAUGGUUUUUUAUAGAUGGUUCUUAAGCUAUCUUUGAUUUUGUACUUAAUAUUUUUCACAUGGAAAUAAACAAAAAAAAUAAAAAAAACUUAAUUUUUUCAAAAAAAUUGUUGUAGUAUAACCUGUGAAUCCCUCAUCAUCAUCAGCAUCAUCAUUUAUCUUUCUCUUGCAUCCCCUGUUGGAUAUACCUAAGUCUCCUCCAUACCCUUCAAUUUUUCUCUAUCUUGUGCUUCUGUAUCCAAUUUCACACUGUUUUUCUCAAGUCAUCCAUCCAUCUUUUUGGUGGUCUACCUCGGUGUCUUUUAUCUUCUCUAGGUCUCCAUAUGAUAUGGAUGAUACCCAAUUUGGGUUCCGCAAAGGACUUGGAACAAGAGAGGCAUUGUUUGUGUUUAAUGUCCUCUCUCAAAGAUGCUUAGAUAUGAACCUGGAUAUUUAUUCCUGUUUCAUCGACUUCGAAAAAGCGUUCGACAGGGUCCGACAUGAAAAACUAAUAGAAUUAUUGAAAAACAGAGAUAUAGACAGACGAGAUUUACGAAUUAUCAUCAAUCUGUAUUGGAAUCAAAAGGCCAAUAUAAAGAUAGAAGAACAGGAGUCCGAGAAUAUUGAUAUAAAGAGAGGAGUAAGACAGGGUUGUGUUCUGUCUGAUGGAAUCUCUAUAAACAAAAGAAUAGUAAAUAACAUAAGAUUCGCUGAUGACACCGUUAUAAUGGCAGACAUUCUGGAAUCACUACAAGAAUGGCUAAAUAGAAUUAACGAUUAUUGCAUUCGAUACGGACUAAAAAUAAACAAGAAAAAAACUAAAUUUAUGAUUGUCUCAAAAACAGAACAUGGAAAUGAAAGGUUAAUAAUAGAGCAAACCCAAAUAGAAAAAGUUAAGACAUACAAAUAUCUGGGAACCUUGGUUGAUGACAAAAAUGACCAAAGCAAAGAAAUUAAAGUCCGAAUUGAAACUGCAAAGCAAGCAUUUAUAAAAAUGAAGACACUGCUUACAAACAAAGACCUUCAGUUGCCUCUCAGAUUGAGUGCUCUAAGAUGCUACAUAUUUUCUAUAUUGCUAUACGGAAUGGAAGCUUGGACAUUGAAGAGACAACACAUAAGAAGAAUAGAAGCGUUCGAAAUGUGGUGUUACAGAAGAAUAUUGAAAAUUCAGUGGGUUCAAAGGAUUACCAAUGUUGAAGUGCUACGACGUUUAAAUAAGGAGUUAGAAAUUAUGAAAAGUAUAAAAACUAGAAAACUGGAAUAUUUGGGUCACAUUACCACAGGAGAAAAAUAUGAGUUGCUGAUAAUUAUUAUGCAAGGAAGGAUCCAAGGAAGAAGAGGCAUAGGAAGAAGACGCAUCUCCUGGCUGAGGAACCUUAGAGAAUGGUUUAACUGUAGUUCAUUACAACUAUUCAGAGCAGUAGCCAACAAAGUGACCAUAGCCAUUAUGAUAUCCAACCUCCGAUAGGAGAGGUAACUUUAAGAAGAAGAAGGUCUCCAUUCUAUGAGUCUUUUGAUCCACUUAUUAUCAUUUAAACGUGCUACAUGUCCAAUCCAACUUCAUUUGGCUUGUGCAAUUUUUCUACAUCUAUCAUAGGUCCUCUCUAUCACUAUCCUAUUUGGUACCAUAUUUCUUCUUGUUAUUCCCAAGAUUGCCCUUUCUAUUUUUCUUUGGGUUAUUCUUAAUUUAUUUGCAGAUGUUUAUUCAAAGUUAUGAUUUGAACCAUAUUAUAUUACCGGCAGUAUGCAUGGGUUGUAAACUUUUUUUUUCAAGAAAAUCGGUAGCAUUCCUUUCAGAAUAUGUCACAUCUUGCCAAAUGCUGCCCAUUCCAAGCCCAUACGAAGUUGGAUCUCACAAGUAUGAUUGUCUUUCCAUAUUCUAAUUUCAUGCCCUAAAUCAGCGUUUCUCAUCCUUUUACCAUUUGCGACCCAAUUUUCCAAAAUUAUUUUCACCGCGCCCCCCCCCUCGUACAAUAAUAUAUCAUAUGCAAUAACAAUGUACCUUAAGCAUUUUGACAAAAAGUUCAACACCGAUUUGGAACAGAUUGUCUCUUUUCGCGGGAAGUUCCGAGUUAUUUUGAACAUUCUUGAUCGUCUGCCUGCAUCUCCAUCUUCUCAGUUCUGGCUCUGACCAACCAGUCUUUGUCUUAGUCGAGUCAGUUCAGUCAGUCCUGUAACUGUUAAAUUUAUUGUGGAUGUGUACAUAUUAUGUUCUAGUUACACCCUGUUUCGGUCCACUUUUCUCUGCAGAACAAGCCCAAGGAAGUUACUAAUUUACAUUAAAUUUGUUGAUAAUUAGUAUUGAGUAUUAAUAUAGUAUUAAUUAGUAUUAAUUUAGUAUUCAAUGCUCUUUAAUUGUAGCUCCUUGUCAGUGUUCAGGGGUAUUUUAUUUUGUCAGAAUUUUGUUUGGCUUUGUUUUUAGUAAAUUAGUCAAUGUUGGUGUUUUUUUUUAUAUACUCACGCCCCCCCAUUACAAAAAGCGCGCCCCCCUAGGGGGGCGCGCCCCACAGGUUGAGAAUCACUGCCCUAAAUAGAUAUCGUGCCCACCUACUCUCAUAUCAUCAUCAUCAUCAUCACCAUCAUCAUCAUCAUCAUCAUCAUCAUCAUCAUCAUCAUCAUCAUCAUCAUCAUCAUCAACCCGUACUCGUCCACUGCUGGACAUAGGUCUCCCUCAGCUCUUUCCAUCUUUCUCUGUUUUGUGCGGCUUGCAUCCAGUUGCCGACAAUACGGUUCAGAUCGUCAGCCCAUCUGGUUGGUGGUCGUCCUCUGCUCCGUAGUGCUUCUUCUCGUGGUCUCCACUCGACGUUUUGUCCAUCGGUUGUCUGACAAUCUGGCGACGUGUCCUGCCCAAUUCCACUUGAGCGACGCGAUUCUUUUGACGGCGUCCGUUGUUUUUGUUCUACGACGUAUUUCUCCGUUUGGGAUUCGGUCCCUCAGGGAGACACCCAACAUCUGGCGCUCCAUAGCCCUCUGAGUUAUGCGAAUCUUGUUCACUACCUUAUUUGUGAGUGUUAAUGUUUCCGCUCCAUAAGUGAGUACAGGCAAUACACACUGGUCAAAGAUUUUCCAUUUCAGGCAUAUGGGUAAGUCCGAUUUAAAUACAUAGCUCUGUUUACCAAACGCUGCCCAGGCUAAUCCUAUGCGACGUGGGAGCUCGCACGUCUGGUUAUCUCUUCCCAACCGAAUUUCAUAUCCCAAGUACUUAUAAGAUACAGUCUGCUCAAUAUCCAAUCCAUCAACAACAAUAUUACGAUUUAGCACCAGAUUAGUCAUUAUUUGCGUCUUGUUGAUAUUAAUCUUUAGUCCAACCUCUAAGGAAGCCUGAUAUAACUUGUUCAACAUUAUUAUUGCAUCAUCCAUACGAUCGGCUAUAAGGACGAUGUCAUCUGCAAAUCUCAAAUGACUGAGCUUCUCUCCAUUUAUAUUGAUACCAUAUUCGUUCAGAUCUGCCUUCUUAAAAGUGUGUUCUAAAAGGGUUGUGAACAGCUUUGGUGAGAUGGUGUCUCCUUGCAGUACUCCUCGCUGCAUAAAGAAUUUAUUAGUUUGUUGAUCAGAGAGUCUUACGCUAGCCGUUGCAUUGUGGUAGAUAUAUUUUAUCAUGUUAGUGUAGCGAUGGUCUAUUCGGCAUUCUGUCAAUGCUUUUAACAUUUUCUGCUGGUUUAUGGUAUCGAACGCUUUCUCGUAGUCCACGAAUAUCAGUGCCAAUGGUUUGUUGUAUUCCGCCGACUUCUCUAUCAACUUUUCUCAUAACAUCACUUGUAACUAAAUUGGUCAUGUAUUUUGUUUUUUGAAAGUUUAUGUUCAGGCCUACUUGUUUUCUUGUUUUAGUUCUUCUAUAAUUUCGUGAGAUUCAUUUUAACUCUCGUUACAAAAAAUUUUAUUACAAUUUAUUGUGAUUUAUUCCUAUGUGGAAAAUAUUUUAUAUAAAAUGCAAUGUAUGCAGACGUAUAAUAUAAUCUACAUAAUAUACAUAACCUGUAAUUGUACGAAAAACCUAAUAAAUACCUAUUAUCAGUA